AUGUGUCCCCCGCUCAGCGUGCGUUACCAGCAGGAGGACGUGUCUUACCUGCGCGAAUCUUGGGUGUACCAGCUCCAACAUGGCCCCCCGAUGCAGCUCUGCUUCUUGUGCUUCAAGGCCGCCUUUCUGGACCUCAAAGAGUUGUUGGAGCUGGAAGCCUGGGGAGACGAGGACUGGGACCUGGACUUCAUGGACUACGUGGAUCCGGGUCCUGAGCAGGGUGACUCCCCAGGGCCGGGGCCCAGUUGGGGGCAGGGCCAGGCUGCAGAGUCAGAGGGGCUGGGCCAGAACUUCAACUUUGUGCCCACUGAGCUGACGCCUCAGGAGGUGGUGCCACUGGAACUGGACCCUGAGGACACCGACUGGACUCAGGGGCUCCCCUGGAGGAUCGAGAAGUCUCACCUGUGCCCCCACUGGCUGAACCACCCUGUCCUGUGGCACGGGUUCCUGAAAACGGAUCUGCCGCCGGGAGAGCCCAUAGUGCUGCAGCUGGGCUGCACCCAGACCCUGGACCCUGCCCAGGCCCAGGACAGGUUACUGUGCCUGCAGUUCAUCACCAUCGUGGGCUGCUUGGACUCUAUCUACUUCCGAAGGAUGGUGCCCUGUCGGGCCCUGCAGAUGCCAGACCAGGGCUGGGAAGUGCUGCUAGAGCCCAAGGAGGUCUGGGUUGUGAGGCUUCAGGACGCCUUGCAGCAGCAGCAGAAACUGCAGCAGUGGAAGCUGAGUGUUCUGGAGCCUUCGGCCUUCGGCCCGCAUGAUGAGCUGGUGCCCGCAGACCUGGCCCUGCAAAAGCGGGGCUUCACCCUCCUCUCCCAUUCGCCCUUGGACCAGAGUGACCCGGAGCCAGGGCCCUCCGAAUCUAGGCUGCUGUCUGCUGCAGAAGGUCAGGAGCUGGGCACCUUGGAGCUCUGGGUCAGCGGACCCAUGGGGCCUGUCAUGGAAACCUCCGCUCUGGCGGAAGCAUCCUCUGUCCAGGACUUCAGCCGGGGCUGUGAACCGAGGGAAUGA